AUGUAAGGCAAGAAUUCCAAACAUACUCUAGUUAACCAAAGUUAAGCAAUUUAUACCGUUUUGAUAUUCUUGGAUUAAUCACAACUUAUUGAGCUAUAAUAAGUUUGUAAAAGAUUCUAUGCCAAAAUAGUGCCUUUGGCUAUGUAAUCAUAAGGAGGAUUUAUGGAGGAUUAUCAUAAUCUACCUAUUUUUUUUGAAGAAAAAAAUAUUUUGUACUAUGUUAAGCAUUAAUUAUCUGAUGAAAAUAUAAGGACAUCUGAAUGGAAAAAAUUAGGGAAAAUGCGGAAUAUGCCUGAUAAUGAUACUGUUACCUUAAUUUUAACUCCUUAAAACAGAUUAUUUAUGAUGGGAGAACAAGAAUUUCUUAAUGUAGCUUAGAGAGCGAGCAUGCUUCAAGAAAGAUAUUGCUUUGGUAGUUGUACAGCUUAUCGUGGCAGGUAUAUAGUUGCAGUAGGAGGAGCUUUAUCCGCUUUCACUUAGACUGGAGCAUGCGAAAUUUAUGAUGCAGUCAAGGAUAAAUGGUAUCCCCUGCCUACUCAAAAUGAAGCCAAGUUCUCUGUCAUGCUAGUUAAUGUUAAGAAUAAGUUCCUGUAUUCAUUUUGCGGUACUUCUAAAACUUAAAAUAUGAAUCAUAAUAGACCAAACUCAACCAUUGAAAAGUUAAAUAUAGAAGUGUGCUUUUAGUUAUAAUCGUAAUUAGAUUUUGAAAACUAUUAAAAGAUUAUUGAAACAAAAAAAUGGGAAAUCUUAAAUAUUGAUUAAAAAGAUGAAAUUUAACCCAUGAUUAUCUCUUAAGGCUUUGGAUAUUAUGACAGACUGAACUAGGAGAUAUUGAUAUAUGGUGGGACUAAAAUAAAGUAUGAUACUACUUUAGUAUUUGAUACUUUAACUGAAAAGUUUAAGAAGCAGGUUAUUUGGAAAGAAACUCCAAAGGACAGGUUUUUCUAUAAUAACUACAGUGUGAUAAACAAAGGUAGAUCUGUAAUCUUAUUAGGUAGGCAGCACAUUCAUGAGAUUAAUCUAGACGACUUUAUGCAAACUAGAUCAAUAGGAUAUGGCUAUAUUGAAUUACUGGAGUAAAAUUGA